AUGAAGCACCUCGCAGCUUACCUCCUCCUCGGCCUCGGUGGAAACACCUCGCCCUCCGCCUCCGACGUCAAGGAGGUCCUCGAGUCUGUCGGUAUUGAGGCCGACAGCGAGCGCCUCGACAAGCUCCUUUCCGAGCUCGAGGGCAAGGACAUCAACGAGCUCAUCGCCUCUGGCUCUGAGAAGCUCGCCUCCGUCCCGUCUGGCGGUGCUGGUGGCGCCCCCGCUGCCGGUGGUGCCGCUGCCGGUGGCGCUGCUGCCGCUGAGGAGGCUGCUGCCCCCGCUGAGGAGGAGAAGGAGGAGUCCGACGAGGACAUGGGCUUCGGUCUCUUCGACUAA